ACGGGCUGCACCGCACAAUGGAGGCCGAGGUCGACGUGGCUGCGGCGAUGAUCGUCAACGACUCGACCGAGUGCCCCCUUUGCACCUUGGGGCCCCCGCCGGACAUGAUUUUGCGACUCCCGCCCCCGCCAGCCCCGGCCUUCCUCGUACACUCGACCGAGUUCUACCCCAGCGACGGGCUGCCCUUCGUCGAGCACUUCAACAGCAGUCCCUGCAAGCACUCGUGCGAGUGGCGCGGCAAGGGGGUGCAGUACGUCGAGAUGCCCCAGCAAGGGACAUUUUUCGACGGCACGUGGCUCCUUGUACUGAUAUCAUCGUGUAUUGGUAUUAUCUUCAUUGGGAUCGUGUUAGCGACAUUACUAAUAAAGUGCAAACUGCAACCGGUGGUGAGCCGAUCGCAGGACGAAGCAUCCCAGUGCAGCAGCCGAAGCAACAAAAACAGCACCCUCUCGACGUCGACCGCGUCAUCGGGCAUGCAGACGACGACGACGAGCGCGAGCCAGUGUAGGAAGCCGGUCGCGAGGCUUCAACCCGAGGCCGUCCUCUAUCCCUGUCCUGGUCAGCAGGACCCGCUGCAGGACUCGAGGCUCAUGUGGGCGACCCUGACGCCCCGCGGCACCACGCGCCACUACCUCGAGGAGCACACGUACGAGAGCGUCGAGCAGCAGGAGCACCUGGAGCAGCAGCAACCGCAACAACAGCACCAACGUCGUCAACCUUCCUACUCCGAGAGUCCGAGUGAACAUGUAAACCUCAAGACUUAUAGCCAACCGUCUGUACCAUCUUCUAUUCUGACUCGUUCGAAGGAUGAAAAAGCCUUUGAUAACACUGCGUUCGUCGAUUACGAGGAGCCGCUAUCGAUAAAAAAUGAGUAUUAUCAACUGGAGGAUGUUUUGGAACCCUGUGAUCCAAUUUUCUCUGUUGAAGGGCUGUAUGGGAUGCGCGGCCCCGGGGGUGUGGGGAGCCUGCGGCCGCGCGUCAGCUCACCGACCCGGAUCGAGCACCCGAACCUCCCGCCACUGAACCUCCAGCCGACGCGGAAGCAGCCCCUGCGUCACAAGUCCCGCACCCCCGACUGCACGCUCCUGCGGGGCGGCGGUGGGGGGAUGGCUUCGAGCGGCUACAUACCGAACAUCUAGGCGCAGCUGCUGCGAGUCGACGGCGCUCCGAUCCCCUUGUGAGGAGGGAGCGAUGGUCGGCGAUUUAUUGGCGUUUCCCAUGAGCCCGCGGAGGGGCGGGGACCAGUGCUGGACCGAGGGCCGAGCGAUUCAGCGAGCCGCCUGAAAUAUGAGCCACCGAGCCCUUCGCGCAUCAUCGAUGCACGUCGCCUGUCUUAAUCAAGAAGAAAGUACAUUUUCGACAAAGUGAGAUUUUUCUAUGAUGCCCGAGUGGGAAUAUUAUUACGGCGGAUCGCGCAGACUGAUGUUACGAUUAAUCG